AUGAAAAUCUGCGACUACAGUAGUUUGAUAUUUACGGGAAAUACCACUGUGCUACUUAUUUUAGCACUGACAACUGAUUAUUGGGAAUACCGGACGUUUGAUAAAAAUAAAAUAAUUGAAAUGGUCAACGACUCUACAGGGACGCAAAUAGUGUUGCCUUUUGAUACAGACUCGUAUUUUCAAAUUAAGAUUCUACCGAAUCUAACCAUUGCUACUUCUCUUUCAAGAUUUAGCCUGAUGAAAUCAGAGUCCCACUACCAUGCUCCUCUUUUCUUUAUUCGACGAUAUUUUCAAGGACCGGAAAUGAAUACAUCGGAACAGAACUUUAUUUUAGAAGAACUGGAACUGGACUUGUUUGAACAAUAUGGGAACUUAUUCCGUGACUGUGACUCACUAGAAGGUUUCUUUCUGACCAUUGGUAUAGCUCUUUUCCAUGGUAAAUGUCACAUUUUGCGGAAAAUGGAAUUCUUCCCGGGCCACAAUAUACCUUACAAGAAUAUACUCCACCGUUACAAAGUCUACACAUAUGGUUGGUCGUUUGUCUUGGCGUGGAUUUGCGUGUUCUUUUGUUACAUAGCAGCUUAUGUGUGGCUUAGUAAAGCACAAA